UGUGUUCGUAUUAAUGCAGCUGAACUGCUUGGACUUCCCUUGAUUCCUGCAUACACAGAAGCCUCGGGGAAUCAAAUGCUUCAUGGAGUAAACUACGCUUCUGCUGCUGCUGGAAUCCUUGAUGCCACUGGCAGAAACUUUGUUGGGCGCAUACCAUUUGAUCAGCAAAUUAGGAACUUUGAGAACACAUUAAAUCAACUUGCUGGGAAUCUUGGAGCAGCGAAUAUGGCCACAGCGCUUGCACGGUGCAUAUUCUUUGUUGGAAUGGGAAGCAAUGACUACCUAAACAACUACCUUAUGCCUAAUUAUCCCACUAGAAAUCAGUACAAUGGACCACAAUAUGCUGAUCUCUUGGUUCAAACAUAUAACCAGCAGCUCACAAGGCUUUACAAUCUUGGAGCAAGGAAAUUUGUGAUUGCUGGACUGGGGCUAAUGGGAUGUAUUCCAAGCAUAUUGGCUCAAAGCACGAGUGGAAGCUGUUCUGAAGAAGUGAACUUGUUAGUGCAACCCUUUAAUGAAAAUGUGAAGAACAUGUUGAACAAUUUCAAUAGUAAUCUACCUGGUGCCAGAUUCAUAUUCGCUGAUACUGUCCACAUGUUCCAGGACAUCCUUCUCAAUGCUAGAUCUUAUGGAUUUACUGUUAUAAAUAGAGGGUGCUGUGGCAUUGGAAGAAACAGAGGCCAAAUUACAUGUCUCCCAUUCCAAACACCAUGCCCUAACAGAAAUCAGUAUGUGUUCUGGGAUGCAUUCCACCCAACAGAAGCAGUGAACAUUCUCAUGGGAAGAAUGGCGUUUAAUGGGAACCACAAUUUUGUUUAUCCUAUAAACAUAAAGCAACUAGCUGAGCUAUGAAUUGAGCCAGCUAAGUGGGAAUAUUGUUCUAUCAGUGUCACUUAUAUAGCUAGAAUGAACUAAAAGUAUGUGGAGCAACAAUUUUAGUGUAGGGAAUCUAAUAAUAGUCAGAAUGGCUGUCAUGUACUACUACCUAAAUUAACAAUUACAACUGCCAUAUUAAUUUAGUGGCGUCAUUCUAUUUU